AGAUCACCAGACAAAAUCAGGCCACUCAUGGCGUUGCCAUCUGUGCUGACCGCAUGUAUUAAAGCUACAGUGUCACUGUGCCAUGGACAAAUAAUGUUUUAUCAACUACUCAUUUAGAAAAACUUCCAUGGAAAAAGCUGCUAGGAUACUACUUUGGCAGACUUGAAAGAUUUCUGCUGUCAUGCCAGUGGUUCACCUCUUGCUGUUGUACAACACCGACUACUCUUAUUGAUGUUUAAAAAACAUUCACUGAAAAUUGUGUGCCUUUUAAUCAUUGAUUUACAUAACUUAUAAGCAGUGAUAAGAACAGUGAUUUAUGAGAUAUGACAGCCUAGAAAAGUGAUAGUUAUGACACAGUAAGUUGAACUGUCAAUGGUGUCGGAUUGGUAACUUGAGCACCUAUUUGAUUUUUCUGUGAUUCUUCCUGGAGUAUUCAAAACAUUUAAAAUCAUGAUCAUCAAAUUCAACAAUAAUGACCAACUUAAAUGGAAUGCUAUGCCAUGGUUUGGCAUGGACAUUGGAGGCACCCUUGCUAAACUCGUCUACUUUGAGCCGACAGACAUCACAGAUGAAGAAGAGGCUGAGGAAGUUGAGACGCUGAAAAAAAUUCGCCAUUACCUCACAAGUAACAUCGCUUACGGAAAAACUGGGAUUCGAGAUGUUCAUUUGGAGAUGAAGGACUUGCGAUUGGGCGAGAGGAGAGGAUCGUUGCACUUCAUACGUUUCCCGACAAGUGAGAUGAAUGCUUUCAUCGAGCUCGCCAAGGCCAAGGAACUAGCAACGCUAGCUUGCACAAUAUGUGCUACUGGGGGAGGCGCUUACAAAUUUGAAGUUGAUUUUAGAAAUUCCGUACAUUUGGUACUCCAAAAGUGUGAUGAAUUGGACUGUUUAAUACGAGGCAUUCACUUCAUCGACCGAUACAGUCUAGGACCAGAAUGCUAUUACUGGAAACUACCCAGAGACCCAGAACAAUGUGAAAAAGUUCCAUUUGAUUUCCGUGAUCCUUAUCCCUAUUUGUGUGUAAACGUUGGCUCGGGAGUCAGCAUCCUGGCGGUGCAGUCGAAAAACAGUUAUAAACGCGUGAGUGGGACCAGUCUCGGAGGAGGAACAUUCCUUGGGUUGUGUUGUUUACUUACUGGUUGUGAAACGUUUGAGGAGGCGGUCGAGCUUGCCACUCAGGGAGACAGUAACAAUGUAGAUAAGCUAGUCCGUGAUAUUUAUGGUGGCGACUACGAUCGCUUCAAGCUGCAGGGAGACUUAGUCGCGAGCAGUUUUGGGAACAUGAUUUGUAAAGAGAAGAGGGAGACGACGAGCAAAGCUGAUCUAGCCAAAGCCACAUUAGUGACCAUUACUAAUAAUAUAGCUUCCAUAGCCAGGAUGUGUGCAGUGAAUGAGCAUUUGGAGCGAGUCGUAUUUGUGGGAAACUUCCUACGAGUGAACACGGUUUCUAUGAAACUACUUAGCUAUGCGAUGGAGUACUGGUCGCAGGGUGCCAUGAAGGCGCUAUUUCUGGAACAUGAGGGCUAUUUUGGUGCUACAGGCUGUUUACUGGAGUUGAUGAAAACUGGCGAUGCACCCCUGUCUCCAACUUGAUUGAUCAACACCAAAAGACAGAGCAUUCCACGUGAGGCAGUGCUGCCAUAGCUACACGAUCAUUACUCGAAACCGGAUGCAAUAUGCUGGUUUUAUCUUGCAAGUUUACUUGGACAACCACUUGUUGUGUUAACAACACAUUGUACUGAUAUAGCAAGAACAGUCGGUGUGUAGCACAGUGCAUCGAACAGGACAUGCACUGAACAGGACUUUAAAAGUUACUCUUCAUCGUCUAGGACAAAAUACAACAUCGUAGUCAGGACUGCUGAUUUCUUAUUGGUAAUGUUUGAUCUGGUUGACCAUAAACCUCGAUUCAUGCUAUGUCCUGCUGUGCCAUUUGCGUUGGAAUAGCAGCAGGUGAUCCAGAUGGUUGAUGGUCCAUCACAUCGUUGAUACAGAUUGCAGAAUGAUCAUGUUAAGUUCAAUCCUUGCUCAUCCUUUUUAAGUGGUUGAACUGUCUUAAUUUGAAAUGUGAAAGUGACGUGCUUCAAAGUGUGAAGGACUUGUCAGAGUUGUACUUUACAAAUAAUGUGAAGAUGAAGUACUUCCACUUUAUAAUUGCUCAAGUUAAGGAACUGGCAUGAUAACUAUCUCAUGUGUAUGGAAGCUUCAAACACAGCGGUCUUCAGUUGUAAUUAAGGUCGUUGAGUGAUUGGUUUUCAUGUGAUGUGGAGCCGGAAUGGGAAACUACAGAAUAUGUCGUCUUGGAUGACGUUCGAGGGUGCAGUUCGGACAUAAUUAAAUAUUCGCCUGUUUUAUCUCAAGCUGCUCAAAGGUUGGCACUACCACUGGCAUCUGAGCAAGGUUUGCACCAAGGGACUGGUGUCCUAUGUCAAAUGUGUGGAGGGUGGGAAAUAACACAUGCACAGGUGGAAUUCAAAAAGGAGAGGGCCAAAAAAUUAAUGUGUGGUGAUAAAAAUGUGGGUGUUUGUUCUUUAUGUGUUGGAACAUGUUGAGUUUAACAUGGUCCUGGGACAUUGACAAGUAAUCAAGAAGCUAAAGCUUUAAAGACUGCUGGAGGGUAGGACAUGUGUCCUGUGUGUGUCUGGCUUUCUUCGUAAAUAGUGUUGUUCAAGACCAUUUUAAUAAACCAUGUCCAACAAUCAGUGGGAGAAGAUGCCAAUGUUAUUAUUUAUUUUGAUACUUUUGUUAAUAAUGUAUUUUUAUGAGCAAUUGAAUAAAGUAGAAUGAUCGAAGAAAAAGAGUCUGUGUCUUGUUCCCUACCCCUAGUGUCGACUCUUGUGCUAACUGUGCACUGUGGACAGAGAUUUGAAGACAAAGUCACAACCAGAAU